AUGGUCGCUUCGGCUGCGCCACCCGCGGGCGCACCCGCAGCGUCCCCGGUGGUGCCCGCGCGCACUCCCGUGAAGGCCGGCGGAGAGGCGAUGGCUACGGGGAGGUCAAGAGGGCAGUUGCGAGAGGUAGAGAAGAACGUGAGAGACAUAGGACGGGACGCGCGUGGCAGGGAGAACAGUAAGAGUAAGGUGAAGGAGGCGUUGCGCGAAGAGGAGGAGGUUGAGAAAGAGGUUGGGACGGAGGUUGGGAAGGAGGUUGGGAAGGAGAAGGAGGUGGAGAAGGAGAAAGACAAGGAGAGCUACGUGCGGAAGGAUCACUCGCUGGCAGCGCUCUGUCACAAGUGGGUACUUGACUCUUACCUGACUCUCCGCCUCGUCAUUCCGUACUCGCGUCUUUCUCGUCACUACAGCCCCGUUUCCGACCUUGCGUUUCAUUCCUUCUCCUCCCACCCAGCUUCCGAGCCUUUCGAGCCUCGGAGCCUACCAGUCCCCCAGCAGCUACCGGCCUUCUUGCCUUUUUGUCAUCCCGUCCCGGACUCUCCCCUGUUUCGCUGUCCCCCGCCCCCCCUCCGUCUCGUCGCUGCUGUCGAUCGCCGCGUGAUCUCGAGCUUACUCCCUGUCCACACAUCCCCCCUUUCUUUCCGUCAAUCGGUGUGCUUCUUCCCUCCCCUCCCGUACCCUCUUCUGCUGUCUCGUCCUUUUGUCACUUCGCGUCCCUUGGCUCUCGCCACCCUUCGCGACCUCUCACCACCUCUCACCGCGUCUCACUUUCCGUUCUCUCAAACCUCCCUCUUGCGCGCGCUCAUCUCGCUGCGACCAUCGCCCUGCGCGCCAGGUUCUUCUGCGCGUACGCCGCGCGCCAAGGGGCGGUUGUGUCUCUCGAGGGCUUCGCCUCCUCCACUGGUGCGUCCCGCGCGUCCUCUUUCCGCCCGUCCGCGUACCCCCCGCCCUCGUACCCCCCGCCCGCCCUCCGCCUUCCGGCCGCCCUCUUUCCCCCCGCCCUCCUUCCGGCCGCCCUCUUUCUGCCACCUUCUUCCGCCCGCCCUCCUUCAAUCCGCCGUCUUCCCCUCCCCCGCCUUACCCCACCGUCCUCCUAUCCGUCUCGUCACUACCUCGCCCACCUGUCUUGCUCGAUGCUCUCAACCUCGUGCACUUGCCUCACCGCACCGCACUCCCUUCGACCACUCCGCCCUGCGGGUGCGCAAGCGGCGGGUGUACGACAUAGUGAACGUGCUGGAGAGCAUUCGCGUGGUGCAGCGCCAGGGCAAGAACGAGUACGUCUGGCUCGGCGCCUCCGUGCUCCCCCAGGCCAUCGCCAACCUCAAGGCGCAGGCACUGGCGUCCCUGCAAGGCGCAUCCGCGCCUGCAACUCUUCCGCCCGGGGCUUUCCCCCCUGCAGCUUUCCCCCCGGCGGCGUUCCCCUCUUCCGCGUUUCCCCCCACCGCGUUCCCCCCCGCGCCGUUCUCCCCCGCCGCAUUCCCCCCUGCGGCGUACCCCCCUGCGUCGCCUGCUGCGGGCGCGGGUCACCUCCCCCCGUCGCUCUUCUCGCCCGCGCACCUCCGCGCACCCAUGGACCCGCCUCUCUCCCCCAUGCCCCUCCCCGGGCCAUCCGCGGCUGCUGCCGCCCCCGGUGGCAGUAAUGCCAUGACUGCUGCUGCGGGUGCUGCUGUGGCAUGUGGCGCGGGCGCGGGCGUGGGCGCAAUGCUUCCCCCGUCCGCGCUGUGCACGCCCACGCGGAACGGCCGCGCCUCCAGCCCCCUGCCCAGCCAUCUCAAGCACGACGACUCGCUGCCCGCCUCCCCGCUCUCAUCUCUCACCCUCUGUCACCUUCUCUCUGACGUUUUUCCCCCCUGUUCCGUUCCGCGCUGCACUCACUCAUCAUCAUUCCUGUGCGCACUUCUCCUACCAACCCCGUUUUUCUCUCUCUGCCUCUCCAUCCGCACACCUCCCUCCUUGCCGUCUCCGCCUCCCAAUUCCCCCGUUGAUUCAUCUCUCCCCCCUUCCCCCCCGCUCUCCCCCGUUCUCCCCCGUUCCCCCCCGUUCCCCCCCGUUCCCCCCCGUUCCCCCCCGUUCCCGCCCUUCCCCCCCCAUCCCGACCGUAUGCCACUUUGUGUGAGAGCAGCGCCGGCAGGAGGGGGCCGCAGUGACAAGUCCUUGCGCUCGCUCACACACCGCUUCGUGCAGCUCUUUCUGCUCGACGAGGCAAGCCCCCCCUCCGCUUUGGCCAUCCCCCUUGCUUCUUCUCGCCCCUCCUGUUCCUGCUCCACCCUCCCCUGCUCCCCUCUCCCCUCCUACCCCCUCCCCUCCUCCCCCCCUCCCCUCCUCCCCUCUCCCCUCCUCCCCUCUCCCCUCCUCUCCUCUCCUCGUCUCCUACGCACCCCUCCCGCGCUCGUGGCCCGCCAACCUCUUUCACGCGCCCUCCCCUCUUCCUUUUCCACUGCGCCUCACCCGCAUUCACCCCCUUCUCCUUUCUCUCCCCGUCCCCCCGUCCGCCAUUACGCCGUCGCACCCCCCCAACAUCCUGGCAGCCAUCCGCCCAUCGCCCUUCAAUUCACCCCUUUUCCCUUUCUCUCCCGUUCCCCCCGCCCCCCUUCAUACCCCAUCCCCCCCCUCCCCCCAGCCAAGGCGAGGCGGCUGUGCGACGUAGCCAACAUCCUGGCGGCGAUCUGCCUGGUGGAGAAGCGCCUUCACACGCCUCCCUUCCCCCAUGCACGCACUCCCAUCCCCCCGUCCCCCAUUGCCCCCUAUCCAGCCAAGGCGCGGCGGCUGUAUGACAUAGCCAACAUCCUGGCGGCGAUCUGCCUCGUGGAGAAGCUGCCGCCCGCGGCGCCCAGCAACAGCCCCUCGGCGCGCCCCACGUACCGCUGGCUCGGCACGCCCGGCGUCGCACACUGCCUGCUCGCCAUCGCGCAAGGUGCGCUCGCUGCUGGGGGGAUGGCGCUCGUGCUGGGGGAAAGUCUUGCCUCGCCCUGCCUCGCCCCGCUUCUCGGCGCUUCACUCCGCCCUUCCCCAUCCCGCCCCGCUGCCUCCGUCCGUCCUGCGCCCUGGCUACGUUGCUGCCUUGGCUCGUCUCUGUGUUGGUUUUUUCGCGUGGCAUGUCCAAACCCUUCUUUCCCCUUCUCUUUGCGCUUGCGGUCACUGCUCAUGCCCGUGCCCCGCCUUUCCCGUGCCUCCCGUCUUUCCCAUGUGUCUUAUCUCCCAUCUCGUCUGUCAAUGUGUGCUGCUGUAUCUGCUGCAGGGGUGUCAUCACAACCCGCUCACCCCGCGGCUUCAACACCCGCUGCACCACCGCCCACGCCCACGCCCCCAUCGCCAUCGCCCCCGCCUCUACCCCUACCGCCUCCAUCGCCCCUCGCAUGCCGCACCUUCCCCUCGCCCUCACCUCCUCCACAACCACCACUGCUUGCUACUGCUGCCUCUGCACCUGCUGCUGCCGCCGCUGCUGCUGCUGCUGCUGCUGCUGGUGGUGGUGGUGAUGCUAUCACAGGCACAGACAGAGAGCAGGGUGCGGCACAGGCAGCCACAUGCGGCAGCAGUCCCAUGCAACCGCCAAGCUUGCAUGCUGGUGGGGCAGGUGGGGAGUGUGCGGAUGGCGGGCGCGUAACAAGCAGAGGAGGAGGAGAAGGCGGUGGGGGAGGUAUGUGUAAGGUAUUAGAUCACAGAGACAUGUCAGCCCGCCAACUCAUCUCCGAGUUUGCUGCUGUUGCUCCUUCUGCUGCUCCUUCUGCUGCUCCUGUUGCUGCUCCUGCUGCUGCUCCUGCUGGUACUGCCGCUGCGAAUGCCGCUGGUGGUGGCGGUGAGGCGACUAUGAGGAGUGGCGUGAGACAAGGCAGCAAAAACUGCUGCUCGCUGUUGAAGGAGAUUGAUCCAAACCAGCACCGCGGCACACUGCUAGAGCCACCACCGCCACAUCUACCGGACCGGCAGCAGCAGCAGCAGCAGCAGCAGCAGCAGCAGCAGCAGCAGCAGCAGCAGCAGCAGUCAUACGCAAGCCAGGCCCUAGCACCGUCGCUGCCCCCGCGGCAACCUUCAGCGCGCAAGCGAGCGCGGGCAGCGGAGGAUGGGGAGGCAGGGCGCGCGCGCAGUAAGUGCAGGGACGUGGGGCGGGGCCGAGGCGCGCGCGGGAUAGUGUGGGCCGCAGCACAGGCAGUGGCUGCUGCUGCUGCUGCUGGAGAGAAGGAAGGGGCAGCAGGAGGGUUAGGAAGAGGAGGUGGUGGAGGAGGGAGAGGAGGGAGAGGCGGGAGAGGAAGGGAGGGGUCGAGAGGAGUGUGGGUGGGUGGGAGUGGCAACGGGUGGUCACCGUCUCGUGACCUUCCCAUGGUGCGCUAUGACGCACCUCCACCGGAUGACUCCGCUGCUGCUGCUACUGCUGCUGAUGUGUCGCUGCCAUCACUCGCAGCAGCGACCAAGAGCAAGCGAGGCGGGCCAAAGUGCAAGGCGUCGCGCCUCCUCGUCUUCCCAUCGCACCCUCACAACGCCCCUCCCGCUGCCCCCGCUGCUCCCGCUGCUUGCAACGCCCCUUCCACUACUGACAACACGGUCUCUCCUUCUCCCUCGCACCCGCGUCCCUGUCUGCCUAAUCUAGAGCAGGCCACGCCCUCAUGGCAUCCGCGCUCACCGCUGCAGCCCCUUGCCCUGCAAAUGCAGCAGCCACACUGGCGCAGAGAGGUGUCAGAGCAGCAUGCAGGUGUGGAGCGUGGUGCUGCCACAACAGCACCUGAACCGUCCUCCCUUGCCCCUGCUGCUGCUGCUGCUGCUGCUGCUCCUGCCCCUAAUCCUGCUGCUGUUGCUGCUUGUGCUGCUGAAUCCUUAACAGCCCCAGCACCAGAAGCACAAGCAGCAGCAGCUGCUAGCACGGGAGAAAAGGCAGACGGCGCACUUGUCAUGUGUCCAACAGCCUGGGCGAACGGGCAAGGGGGACAUGACACGCUUCAGCAGCAGCAACAGCAGCAGCAGCAGAGGCGGCAACGUGUUUCUGUGAGCAAGCUGCGGCCAAGGGUGCAGGGGCGAGGGGGCGCAGCAGAGGGGCAGGAGAAUGAGGAGCCAUUGGGUGCCGGGCUGGUGUGGGCUGGGCGGAAGGGCAGGGCAGGCGCAGAUGGCGCAGGCAGGGGGAGGGUGCGCGGACGGGGGGAGAGACGAGGGGGGCGGGUUGAUGAGGUGCGCCAGUGCAAGAGGCGGAAGGGAGAGGUGGCGCAGGCAGGGGGAGGGGACGGUGGUGCUGCUGGGGGGGAGGGGUGCGAGGGGAGAGAGGAGAGAGUGGAAUUGGAUGCGAGAGGCGGGUGUAAGGGUGGCGAGUCAAGGGAGGUGAGCGAGCGGCCAGCAGGUGCAAGGGCAGGAGAGUGGGUAGAGGUGCCGAAAGGGGAAACCGGAGAUACGUGUGAAAGAACGGGUGAAGGGAUGGGUGAGGGGAUGGGUGAGGGGAACGGUGAAGGGAUGGGUGAAGGCAUAGACGAAAUGUGUGGAGUGAGAAUGCGUGGGGCCGAGGCUGAGGGCAGGAGGACGACAGUAGCCAUGCUGCUGGGUGCUCGAAUUGAGGGUGCUGCUUCAGCAGGAGCAGGCGCAGCAGAAGCACAAGUUGUUGCUGGGGAACGGGAGAGAGGCGAGCGUGCUGGGAUGAAGUGGGUUUGUGGUGGCGAGCAGGAGCGCAGUUGUAGGCGGUUUGCCGUGUUGACAGGAGGAGAGGGGGAUGGGGAUAUCGAGGAGGAGGAGGAGGCACAGGGGAAGUUGGGGGACGAAGGAGCUCGUGAAAAAGAGGGAGGUUGUGGAGUGGUGAGGUGGAAUGGGGAGAGGGGAGGGGGUGGGGAUGGGAAAAGGGGAGGGGGAGGGGGAGGGGUAGGGGGAGGGGCAGGGCAAUGUGGGAUGGAAUGCGGAGAGGAGUUGGAAGGGGAGGGCGGUAGCAGCAGCACAGGCGGGGUGGAGUUGAGUGCGGGGAGGAGGGAGGAGAGUGGGGGGAGAAGACAGGAGAGUGAGAGGAGGGAGGAGAGUGAAGGGGAAGAGGGUAUUGGUCUAGAGCUGGGCAUUGGUCGGGGUUGUGGAUACAGAGUGGCGGCUCCCUCCGGUCCCACCCACCCUCACGGUAUGGAAUCUCUUGAGUUGGGGUUUGCACUGCCAACCCCUGACACCCCUGCAAUAAACGCUGCACCUGCUGCUACUGCUGUUGCCGGCAGUAAUGCUGCUGCUGCUGGUGCUGCUGGUGGUGGUGGUGGUGGUGGUGGUGGGUGCAGUGCACACAGUGGCACGAGCAGAACGAGCAGCAGCAGCAUUGUGCAUGGUACGCCGACUCUUGCUGCUGACAUGCGCGUGUGUGCUGCUGCUGCUGCUGGUGCUGCUACUGAUGCUGCUACUGCUGGUUCUGGUGGUGUUUGUGGUGAUGGUGCGGGUCAUAGGAGGAACGCUGCUGCUACUGCUGCUGCGGCUGCCGCGGCUGCUGCUGCAGCGGCGGCAGCUGCUGCGAUGGCAGGGGGAGUUGGGCUCAUGGGAGGGCAUGGGCUACGGCAAGAGGCGGAUGGUACGCUGGCAACGGGUGGUGGGGAGCAGGAGCGGUUGAUAUGGGGAAACGGGGGUGGAGGAGGGUCAGCGGAAGGGGGGGGAGUGUCGGACACGGGUGGUGGUGCAGUGGGAGUGGCAGGGGGCGCAGGAGAGGGGCUGGGGGGGCUGCCUGCGUGGGACUCAGCAGAGUUUGAGGCAGUCAGACGGCAGUACCCAGCCUACUUCCUGGAGUUCUCCCGUGCGCUGCACACCCUCUACAAGGAUGGCCCAAUACGCCCUCCCCCUCUCGCACCUGUUGCUCCCAGUAGUCCCAUCCCUCGCUCAGAUGCCUCUCCCCUCCCGCCAUCAACCGGUUGUCCACCUGCCUCUCCUCCUCCCUCGAUCGUCGGGCUGUCGUCUGUUCUGCUGAGCCUGGCGUGUCGCCUGGCAGCAGCGCAUCCGCACCGCCCCGUCAUCUUCAUCGCACGCACGGGCGCCCUCGACGCGCACCCGCCGCUGCUCCCUGCCAGCCUCUCACCCUCGUCUCCCCUCCUCCACCAAAUUUACAUGCGCUAUGUGCAGUCUACAGAAGAGUUGAGGCAAUUUGCAGCUGCCGUGCAUCUCGCUGCCUCACCCCAACCGCACCCCUCUCCCUCCCAUCCACCACCAUCACCAUCACCAGCACCAUCACCACCAUCAGCACCAGCACCAUCACCAGAGGCAGCAGCAGCACCAUCCGCUGCCACCGCCGCUUCACCUACAGCCCGUGCAACUCCUCAGAGCCCGCGUGCUGCGUGCGCAACUGUCGUCCCCCCUCUGCCGUGUGCCAUUCUGGUGCAUGACCUCACCAGCUUGCUCCGCCCUGGCCUCACAGCGAAGCAGCGGGAGAUGGAAGCAGUGCGCUCUGUGGCGCUGCUGGCUGAUGCUGCUGCGUUCCUCAGCAACACUGCCCCUGCCACUGCCGCUGGCGCUCCUGCCACUGCUGCUGUCACUGGUUGCACGUUGGUUGUUUCAGAGUGCUUUCCUGAUGCCGCUCUUGAUCCAGACGUGUUUCUGCCCGUGACUUCACCGCUGCCUGCUGCACUAUCUGUAGCCCUGCCUCCUCGUGCUGCUGCUGUGGUGGCCCGCUUUCACCACCUCUUGCGAUGGCUUCCUCAAACGUUCCUCUCACUGCCCACUGCACAUCCUUGCCAGUUUCGCAUGCUUCCUCUUGAGCUCACAUCAUCCCUCCAUCCGCAUCAUCUAUCUCACCACCAACAUGAGCAAACACUUAUGGACCGUGGUUUUAGUCUGUUACGAGAGGAGAGUAUUUUGUAUGGGCUUGAAACAAUGCUGAUGCUCGUCUAA